AUGUCCGACGACCUCAAGAGGGCCCUCUCCUCCCUUCCCCCCACACACCCAUGGUCGCAUUCUCAUGUCCAUGCCAAGCCUCGGCUAUGGCUGAAACUGGGAAAUCAUCAUCGGACUGUCGUGGUGCUUGUUUCAUUUCGGGGAAUUGCUACGAUCAUCCCAGCCUAUCUAUCCAUCCUUGGUGGUAUGAUGAUUGUGACUCAACUAGCCCGAGUGACCGAUAAUCACGAUACUAGUAUUCCAACGUUAUCUAUCCAUUUCCAGGCAGCCUUGUCCCUUCCUGAAGAUACUCCAAACUUUCAAUCGCAUGGUCUGUGCCUGUGGGGUAGGCAGGGCCAGGGUGAACAAAGCAUGGGUUUCAGUCUACAAAUCAGACCUCGGAAGGCUUGCAUUGGGCUUGAAGACAAAUCGAAACGGGCAUUGGAUCACCGCUUCGUGGCAAAGCUGAAAGGUGGUCCCGUGGCUAUGGAGCCUGGAGCAGAUCGCUUGAUACUCGCUCGGCGCUGCCCAACCUGA